AUGGCAACAUCGGCAGACGGGAUAGCAGCAUCAGGAGAUCGCAGCGUGGUUACAACGCCGGUUGGAAGGCUUGCUGAGUUCAGUCCCGACACUGGAAGCAUCGAAGUCUACAUCGAAAGAUUCGAGGUCUUCGCAAGCGCUAACAACAUUGACGAGCCGAGGAAGGCGCAAGUGUUCUUGACAGUCCUAGGUGAAAAAGCCUACGUGACACUACGAAGCCUUCUGCUGCCUAAGAGUCCGGCUGACUCCAAGUAUGCUGAUAUCACGAAAGUGCUGCGCGAGCACUACGCACCACGGAGAUCCAUAGUCACGGAACGGUACAGGUUCCAUCGCAGGGAUCAAGGCCAAAGUGAAACAAUUGGAGAAUUCGUCGUCGAGCUCAAGAAGCUAGCGGCAACAUGCGAGUUCGGCAGCUUCCUUGAAGAAAGUCUUCGAGAUCGGCUAAUCUCGGGUCUUCGCAGCGAGGACAUCCGAUGCCGUCUGCUGUCGUUACCGAACAAGCAGGCGACAUGGGAACGAGUUCUAAACAUCGCCACCGCCAUGGAAACCGCAAAGAACGACACCAAAGAAAUUCUCCCAGCUCCUGCGGACGUCAACUGGCAGAACAAGCCGACGCCUAAAAGGAAGCCAAUGAGCAAAAGCAAAACAGCGGCCACAAUGGGGACUGCCACCUGUAAACCAGGGAAGCCGCGGAAAGAAGGACUUUCUCGCGAGGGACAAGGAAAAUGUUUCAGGUGUGGUGAUGAGCAUUUUGCUAGGGCAUGUCCAUUUUUGCAGAGUCAGUGUUUCAAAUGUUCGAAAAAGGGCCAUGUUGCUAAAAUGUGUCGAACUAAACAAACGCAUUGCAUUGACCAAAGCACAACAGAGGCGAAACUGUUGGCAAUAGGGCAUAACCAGAGAGAUGGUCAGACAUCUCCUUUAGUAGUAAAGCUACACAUAAAUGGCAAAGAGGUUCCAAUGGAACUUGAUACAGGAUCAGCAGUGUCUCUAAUGUCGGAAAGCGAAUUUGAAAAAUGUUUUCCCGAUGCUGAGUGGUCCGCAACUGAUGUGCGCUUGGUCACAUACAACGGAACACCUGUAAAUGUGAAGGGUUCCGCGCAAGUUGAUGUGAGCUAUGGCACACAGCGCCAUGAGCUGCCGCUUGUAAUAGUCAAGCAUGAAUCGGGCUUGAGGAUGCCAACACUUUUGGGGCGUAACUGGUUGUCGAAAAUAAGGUUAGAUUGGUCAGAAGUCGUACCUGUGUACACCAUUCAGACAGAAAAUUCUCUUUUGAAAAAGUACCAUGAAGUGUUUGCAAAAGGAUACGGUACAAUCAAGGGCUUCAAUGGGAGCAUUGUUCUGAAGGAGAAUGUGUCACCCCUUUUUUGUAAGGCUAGACCAGUUCCAUACGCCGUGUUGGAGCAAGUUGAAAAAGAAUUGCAUGACCUUGAGAGAGCUGACAUCAUAUAUCGAGUCAAGCACAGUGAAUGGGCGACCCCUCUUGUGAUAGUGCCAAAGAAAGACAAUUCUGUUAGGAUAUGUGGGGACUACAGAAUUACUGCAAAUCCGCGAAUAGAGGUGGAUCAGUACCCACUGCCUUUACCGGAGGACAUCUUUGCAUCUGUAGUAGGAGGCACAAAUUUCACAGUUCUAGAUCUCUCUAAGGCUUACCUGCAACUUCAACUUGAUGAACGCGCCCAAGAGCUAUUGACAGUGAACACUCAUUUGGGUCUUUUUAGAUUUAAAAGACUGCCGUACGGAGUAGCAAGCGCUCCUGCGAUGUUCCAAGCAGUAAUGGACCAGAUUUUACGAGGAAUUCCUGGCACUGCAUGCUACAUAGAUGAUGUACUUAUUUCAGGAAAAGAUAAGCAAGAGUGCUACGAAAGAACCGAAAGAGUACUUAAGAAGCUACAGGAUCAUGGAAUCCGCGUUAAUGCAGAAAAAUGCUCGUUCUUUCAAAGUAAAGUGCGCUAUCUGGGACACGUAAUUGACAAGAAUGGGUUGCACCCAGCACCAGACAAGGUGGAAGCUAUCAUGCUUGCUCCCCAGCCAAAGGAUGUUACACAGCUCAAAGCAUUUCUUGGCCUCGUUAACUUCUAUGCGAAGUUCAUGCCAAAUCUGGCAACUCUGCUUGAGCCAUUACACAACUUGCUGCGCAAAGAAAGUGCAUGGAAAUGGUCAAGUCAGUGUGACAAGUGUUUCAGAGAAUGCAAAGAAUUGCUGUGUAAUAACCAGCUAUUGCAGAUUUAUGAUGUCAGAAAAGAUUUGCGUCUGACAUGUGAUGCGUCUGCAUACGGCCUAGGGGCCGUGCUGUCUCAUGUGGUUGAUGGUCAUGAAAAACCUGUUGCCUUUGCGUCUCGAUCAAUGACCCAAACUGAGCGCAAUUACGCGCAAAUCGAGAAAGAGGGACUUGCCAUUAUUUUUGGAAUCAAGAAAUUUCACAAAUACUUGUACGGUCGCAAGUUCGAAAUUUUCACGGACCACAAGCCACUGACUGCUCUUUUUGACCCUAAGCGUCCAGCAAGCUCUGUGGCUGCUGCGCGAGUGCACCGUUGGUUACACGUACUGUCAAAUUACCGUUACCAGGUCACGUAUAAGGCAGGACGUACGAUUGGCAAUGCUGAUGGUUUGUCGAGGCUCCCCCUGCCUGAAACUACUGAAGAGUCUGAAAGCAUUUUUUAUUUUGCACCGAUACAAGACCUUCCUGUCACAGUUAAAGAGGUUGAGCUAGAGACAGCCAGAGAUGAAGUGCUCCGCGUUGUACGUGAAUUCACAUGGAGCGGUUGGCCAAACAAAGUUUCUGACGAGCUAAAGCCGUACUUUGUAAGGAAGUUAGAAAUGAGUGUGCACAUGGGUUGUUUAGUGUGGAAUAACAGAGUUGUGAUUCCCGCUUCACUUCAAAGUGACGUUCUUGGACUGCUGCACGAACAGCACAUCGGUAUCACUAAGAUGAAGGCAAUCGCUAGAUCAAUGGUCUGGUGGCCUGCUAUUGAUCGCAGUAUUGAGGAAAUCACUAGAAAGUGUGAUAUUUGCCAGAGUGUUGCUUCGUUCGGUCAGCCCACUCCAUUGCAACCGUGGAGGUGGUGUGAGAAUGCGUGGGAGAGAGUACACUUAGAUUUUGCAGAGAAAAAUGGCAAAUCAUUUCUCCUUGCUGUGGACUCCCAUUCGAAGUGGCUAGAGGUAAAAAUCAUGAACUCCACAACAGCGCAAAAGACAAUCGAAGUAGUGAGAUCUAUGUUUGCUGCAUAUGGAUUGCCACACGAAAUUGUUACAGACAAUGGCCCUCAGUUCAGAGCCCAAGAAUUUGAGGACUUUCUAAAAGCAACGGUGUGA